GCACCAGUGAAAGUAUUCUCCACUGACUGCAACUAGCAUCUGCAUUUCUUCGUACGACUUGAGUUACAACGCACUGAGCUUUCCCACUCACAAUAUCGAGUAAAUUUUCAUUGAAAAAAUACUCAAUCGAGGGCACAAAAAUGUUUCUCUUCCUUGGAUUAAUUAUUACUUAUUUGGUGGCACUCAGUGUUUCCCAGACACCUCCUGAAUAUGUUAAACAGUGCUCCAGAAGUGAUCCACAGUUGCAAUCAUGUCUGAUUGGUGCUCUCCAUCAUUUGAGACCUUAUCUCAAGGAUGGAAUACCUGAAAUUGAAUUGCCAUCGGUGGAACCAUUCAAAAUGGAUGAACUGACAUUAUCCCUGACAGGUGGCACAAAUGGAUAUCGAGUACAAUUGCGAGAGCUUUUUGUUAAAGGCGCCAGUAAUUUCACAGUCAAGGAUAUAAAGCUUGGAUCUCCAUUUGAGGCAACUGUUACAAUGCCAGUGCUGGCAUUGAAUGCUAAUUACCAAAGCUCCGGGGUGUUAAUUAUCCUUCCUGCAAGUAGCAAUGGCACAUUUCAUGCAAGGUUUGAUCAUGUUGAAGCUCUUGUAAGAGGCACAUUAUCAACUUCCAUCAAGGACGAGAAAACUUAUCUUCAUGUUGAAGAACUCGAUGUGCAGUUACGUGUUAAGGAUGUAUUCAUGCGCGUCAGAAAAGAUUCCACUCGCAAUCGCAUAAUUAGUGAAGCAACGAAUUUGUUCCUCCGCGAAAACGGUCAGGAGGUGCUGAAAAUCAUGGAACCACAAUUGAAGAAGAAGCUCUCAGUCUUAUUUUCAGCUAUUGUUAAUCAAUUAUUGCGCAACGUUCCAGUGGAGACAUUCCUAUUACCGUGACAAUACGAUAAUGAAGCCAUGGAACAUAGAAUUCCUCUCAACUAGUUUCUAUUUUCACAUAUUUUUUUUAUCGGCUGGUGCAUGUUUCAAGACAAACGGAUACUUCAUUGUUGAUAGUAUCAAUUUCCUAUAAAAUACAUACUGUAGGAACAUUAAAUGUAAAAUGAUUGUUGAAUUAAUUUACUCCUUCUGACACACUUGGAAUUUAUUUUUCAUUUAGUUUUCAUUAGUUGGUCAUGAGCAAAAAUUGAGUUGUAAAUUGAAAUGUUGGAAAACAUUUCGCAGUGAAUGGAACUUUCCACUCGAGACUUUCUAAAUGAUGGCAGAG